UUCUCCUCAGGCACACACACUCAUUUCACAGUGGUUGCUUCAGUCAACGCGGUGCGCUCCUAGUGAACACAUUUCCACAGUUGAUUACAUGCUACUGUUUACAGGGAGACCAAAGACCGCAUAGGCGAGGCAUAGGACGAGCUGCGGCCAGAGCCAAUGGACGCAAGGUCACGUGGGAAGCUUCACUUCUCAUGAACUAAAUUUCCAAAAAAGCAAGGUGUCUACUGCCUCCUCCUCAGAAGAAUAAAUACUCCUACAGACAGAUAACAACUUGAAGUCGUACAGCUGAGACAGAUGAAAUUGAACAGCUUGACCAGAAGACGACUCCCUUCAACCAACUCCCAGACACCUUCCCUGUUACUUGACAAAUUUCCAAAAUUGUACUGAUAAUUAAGAGGCCCUCAACACACCACUGGUAUUCAAGAAGGAAGUUCCACCCAACAACCCCUGGUAUUCAAGAAGGAAGCCCCCCAAACACAACAACAGAGGAAAGCAGCCACAAAGCAGUCCACCAGUGGUUGGCUUUCCUUCCUUGCACCAUGUUAUCACUCCUCCACAAGAAAGCACUGGUACUAAUUUUAUGUUUAUUUUUCGUAUCGUUGGUGUUUUACGUGCAUCACGAGAGCAAUUAUAGCCAGUUUAUUUAUCAACGAAACUAUGUUACCAAGAGCAAUACAGUGAUCCAUGCAGACACUGCAGAAUCAAAAUCUUUCUUGGAUGUGAAAGGAAAUCACGCAGCAAGUGAUAAUGAAAGUUCCUGUCAAAUAAAUCAGUCCAGGUCGGCUUCUCUGCCAGCACAGCAAUUCAAGCCAAGGAUAAUCAAGGCAGGAUGUACCCCUUACCUAAAGGACCUGUAUGCUGUGCCUGUCCCUGAACACGACUGUGACCAGCCUCACGUCGUUAUGAAUGACGGAGGUCGCCUAGGAAACAAGCUGUGUCAGUAUGCCAGCCUCUACUUCCUGCGUCACCUGUACGGAGUCAGGGUGUCCAUAACAAAAAAAAUGAACGCCACUCUCAGCAAAAUAAUAAAAAACAUAGUCCUGCCAGUGCACGACUCCAACUGCUUUACUAGAAAAACAAAACGUAUUUCAUAUGAAGACUUAUGCAAGAAGCUUUACACUACUGCCUCACAAGUCAGAGCCAAUACAAGCAAGACUGUGAUAACAGAGCCGCUACUCCAUACGUCUUUCUACGUGUACACCAACCCCGCCCCUCGAGAUCUGCUGUCAGCACACCGAGCUCUGGUGCAGUCCCUCUUCAAAUUCCGGGACGAGGUGGUGAAGGCAGCCAUAAAGAAUAUAGAUGCAGCUCUAAAGCCAUUCAAUGCAACGUAUUAUGAAAGGGACUUCUCCAUUAUCACUGUGCAUGUUAGACGGACGGACUAUACUUGGUUCAUCAAGCACAAGUACAACUUGUCCCAGCUUGAUGAACUGUAUUUCACGAGAGCCUUUCAGUUCUACAAGGAAAGGUUGAAGCAGCCGGUGUUCCUGGUCCUAAGUGACGAUCCCAAGUGGUGCAAGCAGAAGCUGAAAGCCGAGGAUGUACGAGUCAUUGCCAGUAACUCCCCUGCCGUAGACAUGGUGGCAGCGAGCCUCGGUGACCACCACGUCACGAGCUAUGGCACCUUCAGCUUCAUCGGCGCCUUGCUGGGUCAAGGGCACAUUACCCACCCUAUCAACAACAACACCAGAUACAGCACCAAUUGCGUGGACUCGUCAUUUUGGCACAACAUUUCCAGGGACAAGUCUUUCAAAGUGGACAACUCCAAUGUGGUGCUUUGAUAUGGUGACCAUCCACCAUGUACCAACCCUUCAACAAUGAUGACAUGCGAAAUACACCUGAGUGUCAAGGUUUAACCCAAAGGAGAAAGAACUUUGCAGUUUGAAGUAAAAAAAAAUGCAACUCUUCUGUGGAGGAACACAAGUGAUAAAGCGCACAAAACAAAAUGUUAACUUAAAAUUAAUUUAUUUCUUUAAGAAUUGCUUCAAAUCUAAUUUUCUAUAAGAAACGUCAAUUUUUAUCAUAACUAAAAUACGCUGAGAAUAAUUCAUAAACCCAACACACUUCAUAUCAGAACUACAUGAUUUGUGAUUACAUUUUAAAAUGAACUGUUUUUUUAAGCUUUAAUUGAGAUGAAAAUUAUAAAUAUCUUGAUCCUAAGCAAGAAAAA